AUCUGUUAUUACCGUUAGAGUAAUAAGUCCUCGUGGCGUGUCAGGUGACUCGCCACCUGCAUACACGACAAACAAACAAACAGGGCAAACAGAUUAAUACAAUUCUCUCCCAAAUAUUAAGAGUACCUAAAUAACACUCCCAUCCACGGCUCGCACUGGCUUCCGAUUCCAAGGAAUAUGGGCCAGUAGGAAGUAAAGGAGAAUCCAAGAUUUGUGGACGAUGAGCUGUCAUGCUGAUCUGUCAACAGUUAACACUCUAGCAGUCAAUAAUUAAUGCCAAUAAACAACACUGUGCUGGCUGUAACCUCGAUAGUGUAUAAUAAACAACAAUAACAACACGUGCCUCCUGAGGUGAGGCAUCUCCAUCUCGCGCUCUCUCUCCCCUUCUUCCCGUCCGUCGAGCCGGAUCACUUCGGUCGCCUUGUUGCUUUGUCCAACUCAUCGUCGCUUUCAUCCUUUGCGCCGUUGUUUCCUUUGUUGUUCUUCCCUACCUUCGUCUUUCCUUUCAUUUGUUCCUUACUACUCCCUUGUAUGGUGUAGACACUCCGUACAUCCCCGUUUUCCCCUCCCCCACCCGCUUCUCUACGGUUAUCUCUGUUCCUUCCUCUGACCUGUCUCCGUCUUUCGUUUCGCGCCGAAUCCAUCCGUUCCGAGUCCCUGUUACGUCGAGGUUCUCUUUGUUCUUGUUGGGUGCUGACCGUCUCCAGCGCACAACGCAAGUUGAGGCCACGACGCGUUUUGUGUCGUGCACUUGGCCUAAGCGGCUUCCCGCUUCCAUCGACUCAACCCUGCAGAGUGCGCCAAUCCACACCCCCUCAGGUCAGUCGCGGAUUUGAUUUCCUUCCCGCUGUUUUCCGUCACCAAGGAUCCUUCCAGCCUGCAAUUUAAGACGUCUUUCCGGCAUAGCGCAUUAUCUUUCCAUCACAUCCAAUUCGAGCCCAGCACGUGUGGACUGACCUUUGUCGCUUGUGGGCUCGCGCAUUAACCGAGAAGGGCCUGGCUGCGAGAUUUGGUCGCUUGCACGAACCGACAAUUCAUAUAAUGACUGUGGCUUGAACCGCGAAACGGACAGGAACGAGAGGAACGAGACGACGAGUCUGCGGGACCAGCGGCGGCUGUAUCCUCAGAGCGGAGGAUCAGAAUCCCCCCGCUAGUGGCUCCGCGUUUUGAUCAUGGCGGCCUUCUUGGGCGACCUGUCGGCUACUGGUGCCGGGAGCUUGCCUGCGAAUGGACAACAGGAUGAUAGCCGCCCCUUGUCUCCCGCCAUGGACGACCCUUUCAUCUCCCCCCAGCCGGACGUGGCUGGUCAUCGCGAACAACACCGGUACUCUUCUUUUGACAGCCAGCUGUUCUCCCUCAAUGCUUCGUCCCCUGCACAGGCAAGGCGAGCCCUCGAGGCUCAUCUGGCGGAGACGGAGCGUAGAUUGGAGGAAGCAUCCAGAUUGGGGACUGCUCUCGUCCAGCAACAGCAGGAGCUCUCGGAGAAGCUCAAGGAGGUAGACCAGCAGCAAGAUGACGGAGAGAUCGGCGAAGACUUGCGUCGUAAACUCGUCGAUCUGGAGAGAGAAUACAAUGAGAUCGGCCGGGAAACCGCGAGAGCUUUCCUUGCCCCGAAACGACUAGUGGGUGCUUCAGAUGAAAGUAACUUUGGCACUCCCUCGGGCGAGUACAAGUCGCCCUUGGGCUCGGUGAUGCUCUCUACCCAAGCCACCAACUCUCCCAGCAGGGUAACAGUGCCUUCGCGAAAGCAGCGAAACCAGCCGUCAAAUCGCGUCCAUGAUAUCGAAUUCGCCACCGAAAUUUCUACAUCCUUGCUUGCACAGGUUCGUCAGCUGCAGGCACUUCUUGCCGAACGGGAGGAGGCACUCAAGGGUGCGAACUUGGAAAAGUCAAGGCUUGAGCUAGAAGCAGAGGGGUAUGCCCAGCGGAUUCGCGCUUUGGAUGAGAGCGAGCAGCGCUACAAGGAUGAGAACUGGUCGCUGGAGACGCAAACGCAUGAGCUCAUGACCGCCGUGAAGGAAGCCGCCGAGCGUGAAACCAAACUCAACAGCAGCCUGAGUUCCAUUACUGCCGAAAAGAGUUCUGUGGAGCGAGAACUGGAGGAAUUGAAACAGCUGAACACCAAGCUGGUGGAGGACCAUACUGCCGCUCAGAAAGCAAAUGAUGCAGAAAUCCACCUUCUUCGUAGGAACCUCACUGCCGGCGAUGCAGAGAAGCUCGCACUUCAACGUAAACUGGAAGAGGUUACUUCACAGAAUCAGGAACUUGCCAAGGCCGUUGCGGCAACAAUUCGACAACAACGCGAAGCUGAAGCGGCUCGCUCGGUUUCGCACGAUGAUGAAACCGAUGCUCAAGAUCAGCCGACGCCCGAACAGUCGCCGCCAUCGUCGCCUACCAAGCCUACUCCCCGACACAACCACCUGGAGACAGAGACGUUGAGGAGCUCUCUCGGUCAUGCUCAUCGUAUGAUUCAGAACCUCAAGAACACAAUCCAUCGUGAAAAGGCAGAGAAGAUCGAGCUGAAACGCAUCCUCCAAGAGUCUCGGGAUGAGCUAGAGCAGCGUCGCCGCGAUUCCGUCGGUGCGACUACGUCCAAUAAGCGCCAGAAGACAAGAGCGGAUCCACCCAGGAAACAACCACGGCCGGAUCUUCUUGGUGCAGGAAGAAGGGGGAAGACUCAAGUCGAAUGGCACGAUACCGACUGGGAGGAUUCAAGUCCGUCCCAUCCUUCCAUGUCUAGGCCUCCGAAGGGCCGCAAAGGCACGCAUUCGCCUGAUGAUCCCAGUGACUAUCAGACCGCAACGGAAGAUGCCUUCGAGACUGCUAACGAGCCAGAUGUUGCUACCGAAAGUGAAGCCUUCCAAACUGGUCUCGAAAGCAUGGCCGAUGACAGUAGUGAUACUGAUGAUACUGAGAGGAUGACCGAGACCGAAUUUACCGUAAACAGAACACCCCGUCGAAGAUUACCGUCGCCUUUGCUGUUUGCCAAAGCCAGGGAUCGAAAUUCAAUCCAAAGCACCGCCUCUACUUCGGCUGAUGAGGAUGAGGAUGACAGGGAGGCGUCGUUGUCUCCAACUCAGGUCUCUCGUUACCGACUCAGGGUGAAGAGAGGUGGUCUGAAACGCAUUCGACCCUCCGGGGAGGCACCGAUGGCUUCUCAUAGCAGGCCAUCCAGUGCACGGGAAUCAACGGCGACAAGCUUUAACCAAGACCCGAUGGCCUCCGAAGGCCAGAGUCUCUUUGCAGAACUCGCGGAACUGGGCAGUCCUGGAAGUGAAGGAGGCGACUUUGGCCCUCCCAUACGAGACGAUGCUGCCUCCCAGUCCUCAACGCCGCGCAUAUCUGGCUCGUUCGAUUUACGGAGACCGUCAGAAUCUACCCUCGAUUCGCGUGCCAAGCCGGUCAUGGUCGAUACAGGUGUCAUGACUGACCACACGAUCAGCCCUCAUUCUGUUCCUGAGACGGCUGGGUGGUUUCUCGGUCUCAGAAAUGGCUUUUGGCUUCGCGAUCCUCUACUCGGUAACUCUGCUCCCCAGUUCACGGCACUUAGGUCGGCUGCUGGAUCAAACACCGAUGAGUGGUCAACCCAGUCCGUGCCAUCACAAAUGGCAUUGGAUGAUCUUACUCCAAAUUCGGAGGAGACGGAGGGUUUGGCCUUCCCGCCGUUACCACAAGCAGUCAUUUCAUCUGUUGCUUCGCAAGAGACUGUGCCAGUGGUGCCUACGGUGUCUAAGCAGAACAUUACCCACGCUCCUAUGGGCGCCCCUGAGCCUCUUGAAAAAGAGAUUUCCGAAAAACUCAUCCCCGAAAGGACUCUAUCUUCAAUCUAUUCUCAGCAUACUGAACCGGUAACAGCUAAGCUACAAGAGCGGGAUAUUCCAGAACUGGCCAUUUCACAUGUCAAUCUCAAUCACACUGAACCAGAGUCUGCGGUUCCCGUAGAGCUCGCAGUUUCCAUGAUCGAAUCACAAUACACCAAGCCUGAAUACAGCGUUCCUAUGGAAUUCAAACUAUCUUCUGUCUACUCGGAGCAUACAGAACCCAAGAGCACGGUUCCAUUAGAACUGGUUGUUUCAUCGAUAACCUCGGAACAAACUGUACCUAAGAGUACAGUUCCAUUAGAACUGGAGGUCUCAUCGAUAACCUCGGAACAAACCGUGCCCAAGAGUACAGUUCCAUUAGAACUGACGGUUUCUUCAAUAAACUCGGAGCAGACUGAACCUAAGAGUACAGUUCCAUUAGAAUUGUCCGUUUCAUCGAUAAACUCGGAACACACUGAGCCCAUGCUUGCAUCUCCUGUGGAACUGACACUUUCGUCAAUGAUCUCGCAAAACACCGAGCCAACCUGCCCAGCGCCUUUGGAACUGGCAGUCUCUUCUGUUGGUUCGGAGCAAACUCAGCCGCAGGAUGCAGCUCCUGCGAAAUUAGCUAUCUCGGCAAUUUCUUCAACUGACACAGCACCCGCCGAUCCCACUUUUCCGCUGCGCGAGUCUGCAAUCCCUGUGGGCCUUGCUGUCUCGUCAAUCAACUCGGGGAAUACCGAUCCCGUAACCCCGAAUGUUCCUGAGUCCGCUCGUACAAUUCCCUCCGAAGUGUCGACUCCAUCAGUCUCCUCUGAGCACGAUGGCAUUCCUACCCGAACUAUUGCUGGUUCCGAACGUGCUAUCCAUACUGAACAGGCUGAUUCAACUGAGCGCGCAAUACCGGUUGAACUUGCCGUUUCGUCAAUCUCCGAGCAGGCUGCGCCUCUGGCUUCCAAGGCGCCUGAGCCUGUUGCACUGACAGUUACAUCUAUCUUUGGAGAGCAGCACACCGAGCCUGUCGCGACAAAAGUGGCGGAGCCUAAGUAUGUUGAGCUCUCUGUGUCCCCGUCGGCCUCCUUCUCGGAGACUGAGCCUGUUGUUCCUAAGCUCCCUGAACGAAUAGAGUUGGCUGUCUCAUCAGUUUCGUCCGAAUAUACCACACCUGUCGUUCCCAGGCUUCCUGAGAUUGAACUAGCCAAGUUAGCGAUCUCUUCGGUUUGCUCUGAACACACAGAACCCGUUAUUGCUAAGCUCCCUGAGCUUGAACCCAGAGAGCUAGCGGUCUCGUCAGUUUGUUCUGAACACACAGAGCCUGUCAUGGCAAAGAUGCAUGAACCAGAGCAUCCAGAAUUGGCAGUUUCAUCGAUUUGCUCUGAGAACACUGCACCCAUCACACCAAAAUUACCAGAAGUUGAGCGUCCAGAACUGGGAUUCUCAUCCGUUUCCUUCCAGGAUGUUCCGCCAGCAAUGGCGAAACUCCCUGAACCCCAGCUUCCAGACUUUGCGGUGUCUUCAAUUUUCUCAGAACUUACUGAGCCUGUCUUAGCUAUGAUGCCAGAGCAGGCGGUUCCUGUUGAGCGGGAUUUGAAGACAUCCGAAACUCCAGAAUUGGACGUGUCACCAGUCAAAUCAGCCUGGACUGAACCAACUGGUCCUACAAUUCGUGAGGUGCCUGUGAAGGUACCUGAACUCUUAAUAUCCAACAUCAGUAGUGUGGAAACACAACCUGUUAAAUCCGAGCACAGAAAAUCCCCUGCGACUCUUGCCUCUGUGACUUAUGAUAAAGAGACAGGAAAACCAACCACAGUGCCGAAUGGAUAUACUUCGGAUGUGCCAGUCAUAAGUGUUGCUCGGGAUGCCGGGUUGCCGCUGGACUCUGUUUCCGGCAAUGCCCUUCCCCGUGCUGCUAGGCAGAGCUCGAGGCCUGGGAAGAUGGAUGGACAGGCGGAUCAAGGAGCUCAGACGAUCCUAUCAUCAAGGCAAAUUGACGCGAUCCUCAUGGAUCGCGUCUCCAAUAAUCCGCAGACUUCCCCUGACAACGACCGAGUUAAGAGCAUGGCUGGUUCUUCUCUCUCGACACCUAAAGCGAGACACAACCUUGAGGGUCUACCUUCUUCUACGGCAUCAAACAGGUCUGGCCCUGUGCGACCGGGCAGUUCUUCUAGCCAGACGUCUUAUGCUACGGGCCGACAAAUACUAUCUGAUAUGGAUGAUAGGAGGACAAUUGACCAACCUUCGGCUUCCUCGGGCGUCAUGGGUCCUCCUCUUAUCCCUGCAUCUGCGCUCAAGGCGCAGCGCCCGCUUACACCUAACGAUCAUGUUUCGCAGACUGGUUCUAUCAGACAGUCUUCUUUAAGAGCCAAAGCAAGGCACAAUAGCCAGCUCUCGCAUAGGUCGUCAGUGUCAUCUUUCGCCUCCGAACUAGAAGAACGAUUCAACAUUCAAACCAACCCAAUGCCUACUGCCUACGGUUACGGUGCCGGCACAGACCCUCGUAUGAUCCAGGCAAUUACUCAGACGAUGAUCGGAGAAUUCCUAUGGAAGUACACACGCAAAGCUGUCUCGGGAGAGAUGUCCAGCACUCGGCACCGGCGGUAUUUCUGGGUGCACCCUUACACACGUACAUUGUAUUGGAGCGCACAGGAUCCACAGUCCGCUGGGAAGUCUGAACUUCGAACUAAGAGCGUCCAUAUUGAGGCCAUCCGAGUUGUCGCCGAUGACAAUCCUUAUCCACCAGGGCUUCACUGCCAGAGCUUAGAAGUCAUCAGCCCUGGCCGGCGAGUAAGAUUCACAGCGUCAACCAGCCAAAGGCACGAGACUUGGUUUAACGCACUGUCGUAUCUUCUACUCCGAAACGCUGAUGGCGAGAAUGGUGAAGAAAAUGAGGGAAAUAUCUCGCUAGAAGAGAUGCAUGAAUUCAAUGCAGGAUUGGCCAAUUCUCAGCAGCCAGGAAGAUCGUCAUUCUCUUCCUACAGCCGUAGCCUCCGAAGUGUUCCCAAGCAGCGUGCAAGCUCUGUCAUGUCUACACGACCCGCGGCGACCUAUGGUGACCGAUCUUCCCCUGCCUUUAGUGCAUCAGCGCAGAGUCCCGCGCUCUAUACUCCAGGCCAGGGCCGGCAAGGUUCUGCCACCCGCAUCAGCUCAUUCUUUAAUUCAAGUGUCAGGGGGUCAUUUUCCAGCCGGAAGAUGCGUCGUGGCCAUGCCGAUAGCAGCCUCUAUGAAGAGAGCGUCGGUGACCCUGGUAGCGUUGAAGACCUAAGACACGCCUUUGACAGGCAGGAUGAAGAUGAGGAUCGCCUUGAAAACGUCCGCGCUUGUUGUGACGGCAAACAUGACGUCAGCUCGUUGUCGAGAUCUAGUCGUUAUAGUCCGAAAAUCAAUCGACAUCAACCAUAUUGA